AUGGGCCAAGCACAGCAGACUGAGCAGAGCGCAGAGGUGGAGGUAGACGUGGCUGCUCUUCAGGAAAUGUACAAAAAGUUUGUGACGGAGUGUCCCAGCGGACUCUUGUUUUUGCAUGAAUUUAAGCGAUUUUUCGGAGUUGACCCCACAGGAGAAGCAUCGGAGUACGCUGAGAGCAUGUUCCGUGCCUUUGACAAGAACGGGGACAAUACCAUUGAUUUCUUGGAGUUUGUGGCAGCUUUGAACUUGGUGUUCAGGGGAGAUUUAGAGCACAAGCUGAGAUGGUCAUUCAAGGUAUAUGAUAAGGAUGGCAAUGGCUUUGUGGACAGGGCUGAACUCAGAGCGAUUAUUGAAAGUAUAUAUCGUAUAAAGAAAGUGGACAGGAGAGAGCUGGACACCUCUUUAGAUGAAGUUUGUGAGCGAAUCUUCCGAGUUGUAGAUGCAAAUGGUGAUGGCCGCAUAACACUGGAAGAGUUUGUAGAAGGGGCUCAGAAAGACCCGUGGAUUCUCAACAUGCUACGUUUAGACAUGAACCCUUACAGCUGGGUGUUGGACCAGAAGAGAAGGAAAAGUGCUCAUUUCUGA